GAAGAAAUUCCUAUAACAAAACGGAUGGAAAGGCUGUGUUGACAGAACGUCUCAAAACCCAACCGGACCCUAUUCUACCUGAAACCUCUUACAAGAAAAAUUUUGAUUUGUUUUGUUUUGAAUUUUGCCAAAGAUAUUUCUUAUUCUUGUCGUUAAAGAAAAAUUACUGAAACUGUGAAAAAUACCAUGGGAGGUCUUUUUGCUAAAUCAAAGAAAACAACAAGUCGAAUAACCGAACAAGACAAGGCAGUCUUACAAUUAAAACAACAGAGAGAUAAACUGAAACAGUAUCAGAAGAGAAUUGAAAUAUCUUUGGAAAAAGAUCGUGAAUUAGUGAAGAAGUGCCUGAAUAGUAAACGAAUAGAACGAGCAAAACUCCUCCUACGCAAGAAGAGAUACCAGACAAAAUUGCUGGAAAACACUGAUGCCCAGUUGGAAAAUCUGGAAAAAUUAGCCUCGGACAUUGAAUUUGCUCAAGUUGAGAUUCAAGUGGUUGAAGGUCUUAAGGUUGGAAAUAUGGCUCUGAAGAGCCUUCACCAGAUCCUCAGUGUUGAUGAAAUUGAAAGGAUUAUGGAUGAGACACGUGAGGGAGUUGAGAAACAACAGGAACUCGAUGAGAUUCUCUCUGGGCGUCUAACAGAGGAAGAUGAAAAUGAUAUUCUAGAAGAAUUGGAUAACUUGGUAGCACUUGAUGAUGCAGAAAAGGCCAAGGAGAAUGCAUCUGAGGAGGAUACCAUUGCUGAUCAGCUUCCGAAUGUUCCAACGGACCUUCCAGAACGCGAGAAAACAAAGAGGAAGAAAGAGGAGCCGAAAAUUGCCCUAACAGCCUAGCUUAAUCAUUCUUAUUUUAACUAUAAGUCUGAGGCAUCUGUGGGAUACUUUGUAAAUUUAUAUCACGCUAUGAUAAUAUAAAAUAGAGUAUUUUAUUGGUAUU